AUGAAGAAGCGGGAGCGCUGGGAGCAGGAGGAGGAAGAGGCUGAACAAAGAGUAGUCAUCGCGUUCCAAGCUUCGGCUGCGCAGCCAUUUCGUUGGACUCAGUGCGCCGUGUGGACCACGGUGUUAUCGCUCCUAACCGCGACGUUUGUCGGUCUCUGUGGCCUAGCCACAUUCCACGAGAAACCUCGAGUGAUCCGAAGCACCAAAGAAGAGCUACGCUGUUACACCUGUGACAACUAUGCCAGUGUGGGCUCAGGUGGUCGUCCGGGAGCAGCUUCCGGUUUGGCGUGGAUGGGUGGAAAACCGGUUCUCACUGGUCAAACUGCCCAGUCGAAUACCGGAUCAAUGAAUGGCGGAAUGAAUGCAAUUCAAGCGUCCCGUUUGUGUGCGGAAAAAGUGAAUCGCACAGCAAUGAGAGCUCUAAUCACCUCAAAGAGUUACGGUUUGUGCUCUGGUGUGGCAUUUGAUGGUUGUGCGAAAAUUGUGACCAAAAGUUAUCGGAUCAAGCCGCAAGCGGGCACACUAAUCCUUUCGGCUGUGGUUGUUUCCCGUACCUGUGCACACAUACCCGAAGGUUUGGGAAUUGGAUGUUUUGACACGGUCGGUGGGGCAGAAAUCCGACAGCGAAUUUGCUAUUGUCGGGGUCCGUUUUGCAAUGGGACCGCAAAGAACAAAGCCAUCACCGGAUGGACAAGCUUGCUCAUUAUUUUGACUCAUUGGUUGUUUAACCACUAG